CUAUAUUCUAUAUAUAGCUAGCCACCAUCAUCUCUUUGAUGCACCUAAAUCCCCUGUUCCUCAUUCCAUUGUUUUUUCUGUUUUUUUCCUUGGAUUAGGGAAAGUUGAAGAAAAUGGCGUUCGACUUAACACCAAAGAAAGCCGAAGCAUUGUUCGAGGGAGAUGGUGGAGGUUACUACACUUGGACAACUUCUGAAGUCCCACUUUUGGCUCAGCAAAAUUUGGGUGCAGGUCGUCUUCUGCUUCAACCUCGUGGCUUUGCUCUUCCUCACUAUGCAGAUUCAUCCAAAGUAGGUUACGUGAUUCAAGGUAGUGAUGGAGUAGUUGGGAUGGUUCUCCCCAACAGCAAAGAAGAGGUGGUUUUGAAACUCGAGCAAGGAGACGUUAUACCAGUACCAAUCGGAGCUGUCUCGUGGUGGUUCAACGAUGGAGACACAGAUCUCAUCAUCGUUUUUCUUGGAGAAACUUCAAAGGCUCUUAUUCCUGGUAAAUUCACCUAUUUCUUUCUAACCGGGGCCAUAGGACUCAUAGGAGGCUUCUCCACUGAUUUCACAAGCAAGGUCUAUGGCUUAGACAAAGAUGAAGCAGAAAAGCUCACAAGAAGCCAAACUGGAAUUUUGAUCAUCAAACUAGACAAAACUCAACCUAUGCCAAAGCCCCAACUGCACAACACCAAAAAGUUAGUGUAUAACAUAGAUGGUGCACCCCCAGAAAAUGCUGUGGAGAAAGCUGGGUUGGUCAAAACCUUAAUAGAGAAAGAGUUUUCAUUCAUUGGGGAUUCUGGGUUGAGCUUAAUCAGAGUAAAACUUGAACCCAAUGCUAUCAAGGCUCCAUCGUACCCAGUGAGUGCUACAACUCAGUUGAUUUAUAUUGCAAGAGGAAGUGGGAAGAUUGAAAUUGUGGACUUCAAUGGAAAGAGUGUGUUGAACACUGAAGUUGAGGCUGGUCAUUUGAUUGUGGUGCCACAGUUCUUUGUGGUUGCUGAAGUUGCUGGUGAAGAAGGAUUGGAGAGUUAUUCCACUGUAACAACAACAAAACCUUUGUUUGAAGAGUUGGCUGGAAAGACAUCAAUUUGGAGCAUUUUAUCGUCUACACUGCAAGAAGUGGCUCUUAAUGUAGAUUCUGAUUUUCAGAAGUUGUUCAUAUCCAAGAUCAAGGAAUCUACCAAUCUCUUCCCACCUACUACUUAAGUCUAUGCGUUUGAUCUACUAAUUUGUUCGUUUAUGUAUGGUUUCUUGUUUUCUAUGUUGUUUAUGAAUAACUUUAUGAUGACGAUGAAUGCGAAAAUUAUUAGUUUAUUUUGUUGUGUGAAAA